AUGAGUGGUCAAUAAACGUGCGUUAUUGUCAAUGGUUUAGAGUAUACCAGAGAGUGGGAUUCUCAGGAGAGGAUGCACCAAGAGCUAUCUUCCCAACUUUCGUUUGAAGGCGAUGAAGCUCGUUCGAAAAGAGGAUCCCUACAAAUCUCUCACCUCAUUGAAGACGGUGCUGUUUAGGAUUGGGAUAAUAUGAAAAAUCCUUGGAGCCAAAUUUUCUAAAAUAAACUCAUAGUCUCUCCAGAUUAGCACCCAGUUCUCCUACUGAGCUGCUCUCAAUCAAAAAUAAAUAGAGAAAAGAUGACACAAAUUAUCUUUGAGACCUUUGUAUAAUUCUUAAUGGAAUAUUGUAAAUCUCCCAGGAUUCUAUGUCGCCAUACAGCCUGUUCUGGCACUCUUUUCCUGCGGUAGAUACACUGGUUAAAGAAUAAAGCAUGGUGGAGAAGAUCUUACAUAGUUGAUGGUGAAAUUCGUUGCCGAGAAAGGUUUUCAGUGGCUAUGAAUGUUACUGAGGAUAUCAAGGAAAAGUUGUGCUUUGUUGUAUAAGAUUAUGAAGCUGCUCUAUAGCAAUCUCAAGAAAGCUAUGAAUUUGAUAAGAGCUAUGAACUCCCAGAUGGAUAAGUUGUAUCUUUAGGAUCUGAGAAACUCAAAGUCCCAGAAUACCUUCUUAAUCCUCAAGAAAUAAGCGAUAUAAAUCUCAAUUCACUCCAUUAUCAAAUCUUCUAAUCAAUUACAGACUGCGAUAUUGAUACUAGAAGAGAUCUUUAUCAGAACAUUGUACUAGCAGGAGGUACUUCAAAUUUUAAUAACAAUAUAAUCCUAUUCUACCUUAGGUUGUUGCUAGCUCAUACAGAAGAUUAUCGGUUUGGAAAGGAGGUUCCUCAGUAAGUGGAUAAGAAUCAUUUGCUUAGAUUUUCAUUACAAAAGAAGAAUAUGCUAAAGAAGGACCCUUAGUUGUUCAUUAAAAAAUAUCUUUGA